CUCCUCCCACCGUUUUGUAUAAAUUACACCUGCCCAAGUUUUUCUUCAUAUAUACCCACAUCAGAUGGCUUCUCGCGGCAGCCUGACCGUCUCCACCGCCUCCGGCAAGGCGGCGGCAGGCGGCGGCGGAGGAGGGCAGUGCUUGUGCUCCCCUACGACGCACCAGGGGUCCUUCAGGUGCAGGUUUCACCGCGCUGCAUCGUCAUCGUCGGCUUGGAGCAAGAUGAUGAUGAAGAGAUCCUACUCCAUGCCUGCUAAUACUAGUAAUAAUAACAAUGAUAAUUCUGCUUCUACUACUACUACUACUUCUGCAUCCAUGGCUUCUUUUUCUCCCAAGACUGUUGAAUCCAACUGAUCUUCUUCUCUUGUUUUUGGUUUUUGGGUUGAGUUUUAAGAUGUUGUGUUCAAUGAUAUAAAUAUAAUGUAAAUUCGAGCACUCUUAUCCCGAAUGAAUGUUGGUAAUCUAUCUCUGCUCUUUUCUUCCCUUCAACUUGUUUUUGCUCAUUUCAACGUUUUGAGUACUUGCCAAGAAAAUAUAGUUUACGGUUUUAAAGAGGUGGCAAAUGGAUUGAAUUGGCGGAUUGGUGAAUCUAAUUGAUUGGUAGACUCACGGAUUAAAUAAAAGGGGUUGGUGGAUUGAUUCAUGUAUCCAAAUUAUCCAAUCCUUGAACCAAAAGGUAAAUUUUAAAAAGUUUAGAUACUAAAAUGUCAUAAGGUAA